GGAGAGGAGGGGGAGGCGAGGGCGGGCUCGAGGCCCCGCGUGGCCUGGAGUGGGGCAGGGGGCGGCCCUUCUCCAGGAAUUUCCGGGGAUCGUGUUACGGCGCUGGUCGGGCGGAGCGGAGUGGGACUGCAGGCCCCGCAGCCGACGGGCCCCGCAGCGUCUUUUUUGCGCACACUGACCCCGUGCGGCGGGGCCGCGCCGCGCCCGGGCCUCUGUUAUGGUGGGGCCGCCCCCGCCGCGAGCCGUCGUCGGGUCUCCGCGGCCCCGGGUGAUCGUGGGAGCUCUCCGACCCCGCGUCAUUGUAGGGUCCACGCGGGCCCGGGCCGCCCCCGACGGGACACCCCGCCCCCGCCUGGCUGCCGAGGGGUCUCCCCGACCCCGAGUUGUUUUUGGGGCGCCUCGGGCCCGUGUGGUUGUGGGGUCUCCCCGGCCUCGCGUGAUCGUCUCGUCCCCGUGGCCUGCGGUGGCUGUGGCGUCUCCCAGGCCGCGGGCUCCCGCAGGCUCCCCGUGGCCACGAGUGAUCGUCGGGACCCCCUUGCCGCGCGUGAUUGUGGGGUCUCCACGGGUCCGGGAGGCAGGGGCGGAUCAGACCUCGGCGCCGUCUCGGGGCGCCACGCAAGGUCGCAGGCAAGAUGAACCUCUUGGCGCCGGUGCGGAGGGACCGCGUCCUGGCGGAGCUGCCCCAGUGCCUGAGGAAGGAGGCCGCUUUGCACGUGCACAAAGACUUCCACCCCCGCGUCACUUGCGCCUGCCAGGAGCACCGGACAGGCACCGUGGGAUUUAAGAUCUCCAAGGUGAUUGUUGUAGGGGACCUGUCAGUGGGGAAGACUUGCCUCAUUAAUAGGUUCUGCAAAGACACCUUUGAUAAGAAUUACAAGGCCACCAUCGGAGUGGAUUUUGAGAUGGAACGAUUUGAAGUGUUGGGGGUCCCCUUCAGCCUCCAGCUUUGGGACACCGCUGGACAGGAGAGGUUUAAAUGCAUUGCAUCAACUUACUACCGUGGAGCUCAAGCAAUCAUCAUUGUCUUCAAUCUAAAUGAUGUGGUAUCCCUGGAACAUACCAAGCAGUGGCUUGCUGAUGCUCUCAAGGAGAAUGACCCUUCCAGUGUGCUCCUCUUCCUCGUGGGUUCCAAGAAGGACCUGAGUACACCUGCUCAGUAUGCACUCAUGGAGAAAGAUGCCCUGAAGGUGGCUCAAGAGAUUAAGGCUGAGUACUGGGCAGUCUCAUCUCUCACUGGUGAAAAUGUUCGGGAAUUUUUCUUCCGUGUGGCAGCACUGACCUUUGAGGCCAAUGUUGUGGCUGAGCUGGAAAAAUCAGGGGCCCGGCGCAUUGGGGAUGUUAUCCGCAUCAACAGCGAUGACAGCAACCUCUACCUAACUGCCAGCAGGAAGAAGCCCACAUGCUGCCCCUGAAAGCCAAAAAGAUUGUCCAGAGACUGCAGUCCCUGGGGCACUGUGCCUCCCUAACCUCAGAACUUGGCCUCUGGAUGCUUGCACCUACUUUUUUAAGACCAAAGAGCUGCCCUUGUGGCAGUACCCCUAGAAGGGUGGUUGGGGCCAUGCAAAUCACUUACUGCCCUCAGACAUCAUGCCCAAGACUGAAUGCUCUCCCACCCCCCUGGGGGUUCUCAUGCCAGGGAACAGUGUUUCUGAUGCUUUUGCUCGAAGAUGCCUACUACGAUUCCAGCCUGACACUGUGCCUUAUGCAGUAAAAUCUUUGUUAACACUUC